UAAUAAAUAUUCGUAAGAUGAUUAUACGCUGCGGACAAAACACCUAGUAUUUUAGUAUUAGUAAAAUAAUAUGGUCCAUUCUGAAAUAUUGAGCGCACGAAAUUAUAAUAAUGAUUUCUAAAAUUUGUUAUUGGAUUAUCAAUCAUGUAUUCCCAAUAAAUUAAUAAAUCAGUUUGACAAAACCGACAAUCCCUACAAAUAGCAUCAAAAUAAUGAUACUAAAAAGGACAAAACUAGAAUAAUUAUAAUCUGUUACAAAAGAAAAAUAAAAAAGGAAAAUCUAUUAAAAAUUGGAAUCCAUUAGGGUUUUGAAGACACAAACGAAAGCAAUAUAUAGUAGUACUUGGUCGUUGUCCUGAUCAGAAAGAGAAAGCAAAAGUAGAAGACAAAUCGUUUUAUAUAAUUUGCUUUGCUCUUAUAAAAGUAGAAGACAAAUCGAUGGAGGAGCAGCGAGGCCAUGAAAAGGAUAAAAUUGCUUCAUCGUUUUCCUCAGAAAGAGAAAGCAAAAGAGGAAGAAGAGAGGUGACCGAGAUAAUAAUCAACGAUGAUGCGUUGGAAGAGAUAAUGCUGAGGCUUCCGGUAAAAUCCCUUAUAAGUUUCCAAGCCGUGUCUAAACACUGGAGACGUAUGAUAACGCUUAACUCGUUCAGAGAGAGAUACAUGUUGCAUCAGAAAACCCUAGAACCAAAAUUUUUGUGUGUCUACGAUGAUAUAGACUGGUAUAAGGCAAGCUAUGCUCUAAAAGAGAUGAGGUUGGAGUGGUCUUCGGCAUGUCUAGUUGAAGUGGAAGAAGAAGAAGACUAUCAUAUUAGUAAUGAUGAGCAAGAGGAUGUGAUAGUUUCCAAGAGUCUGGAUGGUCUUUUCUGCUUCUAUGGACGUGCAAACUUUAAAAACCCAAUUAAAGUGAUGAACCCAUCCACUAGAUGGUCCUUGACGCUCCCUCUCGCCAGGAUUCAGCUAGUGCAUUCAGACAACAAGGUGGAGUUUUCUCAACCGGGAUUUGGAAGAGACUAUGUCACAGGAGCAUACAAACUAGUCUGGUUACAUAACAUUAAAGACAAGAACAUCUCAUCAUGUGAGGUUUUCGAUUUUGGAGUCAAGGAAUGGAGACAUGUGACUUCUCCUCCUUAUCAUCGGAUAGAUCACAACCAAGAAGCAACUUUUGCAAACGGAUGGCUUUACUGGUUCACCCAUGAAAAGACGAAGUUGAUUGCUUUCGAUCUUCACAUGGAGAUGUUUCAAGUCGUACCAAACCCAAUUAUUGACGCAUCAUCGUCAUCAUCAUCAUCAUCAUAUAUUAGUAUGCAUAUGUGCAGCCUAGACUAUGACCGUGGUCUUCUGAAUAUUUCCGUGACAAAUGGAGAUGGCAUGCAACACGUUUGGAGGGUCACUAACCACAACACAGGAGGGGUAUUGUUGAAAACGAACAAGAUCUUCUCCUUUGACUUGAACAAGAUUACCUCCACUUGGUUCGAAGAAACUCAUUAUAAAUCUUCGCUCCUCGGCCUUAUGGUAGUUUCGAAGAAAGGAAACAAGGUGAUGCUCGCAAAAUACGGUUCCGACAAGCUCCUUCUAUAUCAACCUCUAACCCCUAAUUCCAUUAUGAAUCGCAUCUUUUCGUAUUCUCCUUCUCGUCCAAGUGAUGACAGUGUAUUUCUUCAUUAUUUCCCAAGUUUAGCAUGUCCCUUAUGAAAUAAUUUAAUUUCUGUAAGUGGAUUUCAUUGUCAUUAUGCUCAAAUAAAUCUUGCUGUUGAAAUUAACUUAACAUUCUCUUAUUAUAUCAUUGCCUUUGGGAGAGAUACUAGCCGUUUCUCAAUCCUGUCCGAUUGUCUCAAUUGUACGUAGCACUACCAAGACUGUAGUAUUUUAUCGCUGCAAGUUUCAUACUUAAUUCCGAUGGCUUGAUCAUCUAUUAGUAUUCAUGCAAAGUAGAUCACUCUUGCCUCUUUGCCUGAAUCUAGCCUACCUGAAUCUAUAUUCUGUAUAUCCUUUCAACUGAC